ACUUGACCUCCUCGCCCCGCAAAACCCUAACGAGCGGCGAGCCGCCUCUCUCUGAGCAUCAUUCACCCUCGCCCCCCAAUCCCGCCGCGCGCGCCCCCAUCGCGGCCGCCCCCGAGCUCCCACCCCGGAACCUUCUAGAACGCGCGGAUCGCCAGAGCAGCCAGCCAGCCGGCCGGCGCGCGGCCAUCGCCGCCACCGACGCGCGCAUGGAGAAGCUCCGCAUCCACCACUGCGGCGGCCGCGCGGUCGCCUGGGCCCCCUCCCCCAUCGUCGCCCUCGCCACCUCCCCCUGCGCCUCCCAGGUCGCCGCCGCGCGGGAGGACGGCUCCCUCGAGCUCUGGCUCGUCUCCCCCGGCUCGGUCGGGUGGCACAACCAGCUCACUAUACAGGGAGGCGCGGAGUCGAGGGUCACAUCGCUUGUGUGGGUGCCAAAUGGCGCAGGGGGCCGUCUGCUCUCUUCCAGCGUUGAUGGGUCGGUGGCUGAAUGGGAUCUCUUCCACCUGCAGCAAAAGACUGUCCUAGAUACUGUUGGGGUACCGGUCUGGCAGAUGGCCAUGGAGCCUACGGAUGAUCAAUUGAUUUCUGGAAAUAAAAGCUCAGGAUGUGCUGUGAAUGGCCAUGCAAAUCAUAAUGGAUCCACCGACUCUGAAUUAAGUUAUGUUGAUGAUGGUCAGAGCUCCGAUGAUGAAGAUGAUUCUGCCAAGACAAGCUCUUCGUAUCGUGUGAAUGAAUUUCCGCGUUUGGCUCUGGCAUGUGACGAUGGUUCUGUACGCUUGUAUAAUGUGCCUGAAUCUGGCCCGCUGACCUACUAUAGAUCUCUUCCAAGAGUGAGCGGACGAGUUUUGAGUGUAACAUGGAGUAAUAAUGCCAAAUUCAUAUUUUCGGGAAGCAGCGAUGGAUUAAUCAGAUGCUGGGAUUCAACAAUUUUCCAUGAAAAGUAUCGCAUCACUGCUGGAUUAGGGGGUGCUGGUAGUGGAAGUGAAUUUUGUAUAUGGUCAUUACUAUUUCUAAGGUGCGGAACCCUUGUUAGCGGAGAUAGUUCUGGGAGCGUUCAAUUUUGGGAUAACCGCCAUGGAACUCUUCUGCAAGCCCACACUUACCAUAAAGGCGAUGUUAAUGCACUAGCAACUGUGCCUAGUCAGAACCGGGUAUUUUCUGCAGGAUCUGAUGGGCAGGUAAUUUUGUACAAGGCAUCAAAAAAUGAGUUCAGUGCUCAUAAUGAGAAGGUGGCUGAAGAGCAAAUGCACAAGUGGGUCUAUGUGGGAUAUGUUAGGGCCCACUCUCAUGAUGUAAGGGCAUUGACUAUGGCCGUACCAAUAUGCAAAGAAGAUGCUGUACCAGAGGAAAAGGUGGUAAAGGUUCGCCGCAAGGAUGAAUUCAGUUACCGCAAGUGGGCACAUCUGGGUGUACCGAUGCUCAUUUCUGGUGGGGAUGACACCAAGCUGUUUGCUUAUUCUGCACGGGAGUUUACUCUAUAUGCACCUCAUAACUUCUGCCCUGCACCUCAACGUCCAUUGAUAAAUUUAGCAAGAGAUUGCACAGUUAACGGAGAUUCUGUGAUGCUUGUCCAGUCUGUCAACUGCUUGGACGUUCUACUUGUAUCAGUUAAGAACAAACUGACUCCAAGUACAUCAUCCGGAGGAGAUGCUACGAUACGACAAGUUGUUCAUCUUAAAAGCAAGGGGUCUAGAAAAAUAAUAGCAAGUGCUGUCUCUACCAAUGGAAUGCUAUUUGCCUAUUCGGAUUGUGUAAAGCCCUGCCUUUUCGCACUAAGACACAAGGGCGGAAAAAAGUUCUCGCUAGACAAAAUAGAGUUGCCAAAGGGAAUACCAUGCUCUCAGAGCAUGAUGUUCACUGAUGAUUCAUCCAGUCUGGUUCUAUCUUGCAAUGAUGGGAAAAUUUAUGUUGUGGAUAUUGCGUCAAGAAAAAUUUCAAAUAUAUUUCGCCCUACAAGAAAGAUAGAUGGAACAAAAACUUCUUCCAAAGAACCACCUGUCACAAAAAUGUUUGUGAGUGCUGAUGGGCAGUGGGUGGCUGCAGCUAACUGCUUUGGGGAUGUCUACAUAUUUAACCUUGAGGUCCAGAGGCAACACUGGUUCAUACCGAGAAUGAAUGGUGGCUCGGUUACAUCUGGUGGCUUUUGUCCCAAGAACAAUGCCCUUGUUAUAACUACAUCUAAAAAUGAGGUUUAUGUAUUUGAUGUGGAAGCAAAAGAACUGGGCGAAUGGUCUAAGCGUCAUACACAUGAAUUACCCACAAGAUUCCAAGACUUCCCUGGAGAGGUCAUUGGCCUCUCAUUUCAUAAAAUGAGCCCAUUUUCAGUCAUGAUAUACAGUGCCAGGGCAAUGUGCGUUAUUGAUUUUGGAUUGCCAGUUGUUCAGGAUGUCCAAUUGUCAACAUCAGAAAAGACAGACUCACAAAAGGCUGCGAAAACAAAGGUUAAGCGGAAACAUCGUGAGGAAGAUUUGAAACAAGAGAAAAGGAGUAACUUCACCUUCUUUGCAUUUAAAGAUCCGGUGCUGUUUGCUGGCCACCUACUGGACAGUUCAAUUCUGGUAGUAGAGAAGCAAUGGAUGGAUGUCGUCCAAGGAUUCGGCCCACCGGUCCACAGACACAUAUACGGGACAUGAUCCAUCCAUCCAUAGUAGCAUUUGAACUUGUGGCCCUCGUAACAGGCAGGCAGCCCAUUCUUUUUCAUCACCGCCGUGAAAUGUUUCCAACCCCAAGCAAGGUUGUCUGGCAUGACACUCCCAAGAUGUAGCAGCACAUAAUGUCUGCUAUUAUCAUCUGGCGCGAUAGCAGUCUGGGUCAAUUUCUCUUUGGUGGCUUUUCUUUCUUGAGUAGCCUCGUUGUAUUCUUUUUCUUCACUGAAGUAUGUUAGUGGACCCUUCACAGCGCCAGUUUUGUCGUACCGUGUCAAAAUGCGCAAAUUUUGUCAUAUGUAAACAAUGUAUCAUCUACUGUUAUGUCAACAUAUCUCGUUUGUGCGA